AUGGAACGGCCUGCCAGAGGCAGACGAGGACGUGGUGCAGCUGCUAGACAAAACCCAAUUAAUCCGAGAAACCGAAAAAUUGCUAACAAAAGAAUCAAAGAAGAGCCACAAGAUGAUUUUGGUCACACGCCGCAACCAUACAUGACUCCUGCGCAAUUCUUGCGCCAGACGCCCAACUCUUUACAACUCUUGGCUAGUCAACAUGGAUUCCGUGGAGUCACUAUUAAGCAAGAACCGGGAGUUGUGGGAAAUCAGGGGCUGACACUGAAAGAUAUUGUCCUUCAGUUUCACCAGUUGCAACAAAACCGAUCUACUAUUCAGGGUAAUUAUCGGAUCAAAACCGAGCCUCUAGAGGGAGUACAAAUCAAGCAAGAGAUAGCUGAGCAUUCAUUCCUCAAUCAGGUGCCCAGAGAGAUUGUUUAUCGUACACGCGCACAGGAACCAACCAUGGUUGGGAUGAUGGCUGGUCGGGAGUACUUGAUUCCGGAAGCACUCAGAGAAAUUCAUUCACCAACAUGGGAUGGGAUGCCAGACAGUGUCAAGUCUCACCUUUUUGGGUACUUGAAUUUGACUGACAAAUGCAUCAUACGUCAAGUGUCUCAAAACGACGCCAGAAUCAUCGACUCCGAGCCUCUCUGCUGCACCACACUGGAUAUCAUUGUCUCUGCUACCUCAUGUAGUGUCAGAGUGUCGGAAGUGUUGACGCCGAGCUACACGAUUCCAUGGAGACGUCUAGUUUUUAACACUGUCUCAAUUCUGAUGAACCCGAAUGUGAACAUUCAGCAGUUGAACUUGUCAUGCGCUCGAGAUGGCUUCGGGCAACUCAAGAAGGUCAUUCGUGGGUUGCAACAUUUUGGUGUGGAGAGACUGACAAUCAAGGUUAAGCACGUGAAUAUCUUCUCACCAAGCAUAAAUGAAAUCAGAAGCGUUCACGACCUUGUGGAGUUUAUGGAUUAUUUGGGACUUCAAAGUCUGGAGAAGAUCACAAUUAACGCCAAGAUGGCUCACAGCCGGCUCCAAGAAAUUUCACAUAGUAUUCAUUUCAAGGUUUGCAACAGCAUCGAGAUUUAUACCAAACAGUUGUUUGCUUUCAACAAUAUUAUGGAGGAUUGGAUUGGCACUGAACUGAAAAUUUUCAAUAUUCAAGGAAGUUUCAUGUUCACAAAGGAAUGCUACAGUUUCAUCAAUGGUUUCAAACUAAAGCCUUUGAAUUCUUACUAUGAAAUUCGUUCGGGAAACCAAAGAGGACCGAGCAAGAGCAGAACCGCGGAUUACACUGUUACUCCAACGGAGAACAUGCUGCAGAGAGUUCACGUCUACGCGGCCUCAGAUUUUGUUACUGGAAUUGUUGUGAGAGUGGAUGCUGAUAGCUGGGAACAAGCGGAGUCGCACGAUUCCUCAUCCGAUAUUGAUAUGAAGUGA